AUGAUGGCGGCUCCAAAGCCGCCGGACAAUGGCCGGAAAAAACAACACUCCUUUGCACAAAUUCUCAACGUCUCUAAGCCAAAUCCCCAAAGUAUCAUUCAACCAGUUGAAAAACCAACUCCCGAAACAUUCAUAAAGUCUAAUCUGACAAUGGUAAAGGGCAAACCGGCCUUCCUGCUUUUGAAAGAGGAGGAUGAGAUGCUUGCAGCUCCGUUUAAGUUCUGCUUAAUCGGGAAAUUUUCGAAGGGAAGACCGAAGAUGGAGUAUUUGUGGAAUAAGUUUAACACGAUUGGCUACAAAGCUAGUUUCUCGCUUAGGAUGAUAGAUCAUAGACACAUCUUGAUCUAUUUUGAUUUGGAAGAGGAUUUCCAGAGGUGUUGGAUAAAAGGACUCCGGUCCUUUGAUCAUCACAUCAUGAGGGUACUUAAAUGGACUCCGAGGUUUAAGACUGAGCAAGAAUCAUCAAUCACUCCGGUAUCGGUGUCUUUUGAAGGAUUACUGGUUCACAGGUUUAAUGAAGAAUAUCUCCGGAAGUUGUCAAGCAUCAUAGGUCAACCACUAAAGAUUGACGCCCCAACGCUGAAUAUGUCUCGCCCCUCAAUUUUUAGGGCUUGUGUAGAAGUGGAUCUCCUUCAUGAAUUGCCGAAACGGAUUUUACUAGGGACUGAUGAGUAUUCAUAUUAUCAACAUGUAACGUAUGAAAACCUGCCUGAAUAUUGCAUGGACUGUCGCAAAAUUGGCCACUCUUCUCACAAUUUUCGACAUGGGAAAGCUAAGGAGGCGCCGGUGAAGGAAAAAGAACGCCCUGUGAUUGGGAAAGAGAAGGAGAAUUCGGUGUCGCAACCUGCGAAUAAGACUAAGCCACCUUCAACAAAUCCUACAUGGAAGACAAAAAAAGCAGCAGAAUCAGUCACGGGGCAGGAAACUAAUCAACAUAAAGAUGAGUCUUCAUCAGGUCUCACUGCGGCAGAAAAAAUGAAUAUUCCAACAUAUAUUGGGGAUUCAAGUCCUAUGGGUUCACAAGAUAAGCGUUUUCUUUCUAAAGAAAAAUUGAGUGCAAUUUUGGAGAAGAGUUUGCAGGAAGAAAAUUUGAAGAACACAUGGGAAGAAGAUGAUAUGGCUACAAAUCAUGAGACUAAAGAUCGGCAACUUAUUGAAUAUAAAAAGCAUUCGAUCUUGAUUCCUCCAUCAAACUUAUCGUCUCGUUUUGAUAUUUUAGCGAAACUAAUAAUGAUGGAGAACCUUGGUUUGUUGGGGGAGACUAAUGUCAUCCAAAACCUAGAAGAAUAUGAAGGGUUUUCACAGCAAGAUAUGGGGGCAAUAGAUGAGUUUAAUGAUUUUAUCAACAAUUGUAAUAUGCUGGAGUUUCCACUAGUUGGAAAUCUGUAUACAUGGAAGGGUACGAGACAGGCGGGACGAGUUUUAAAACGGCUGGAUAGAUUACUUUUCACUCAGGAAUGGUUGUCAUUAUUUCCCGUUGCUUUGGUUCAUCAUCUCAAUCGAUCCACUUCAGAUCAUGCACCAUUAUUGUUGCAAUACAAGGUGGAUAUGGACACAAAGCCAAGGAUCUUCCGGUUCCAGAAAAUGUGGUUUCGAAGAAGUAGUUUUUUUGAGGUUGUUAAGGAAAAUUGGGAUCAACCGAUUGAACAUCAGGCAACCACAGCAGGGCUGACCGUCGUGUUCGGGGUAUUGCUUUCGAAUCUGGAAGUGUAUCUGAUUGAAGAGUUCAACAUAAAGAGAAUCAGUGCAGCUCAAAUAUGCAAUCUAGUCACUGGACUCAUUGCGAUAUUGCCAACUGGAACCGCGGUUUUAGCCGACUCAUUUCUGAGCUGCUACACUGUCAUCUGGAUCUCUUCUCUCAUCUCAGAAAUGGGAAUGUUGCUGUUAACAUUGACAGCAACCUUUAGCAAACUAAGACCACCUAAGUGCGAAAAUGAUCAGUCAAACAAUUGCACAGAGGCGACGAAAAUCCAGUUGACUGUUCUUUAUCUAAGUUUGGCUCUAGCAGUGUUGGGGAUGAGUGGUACUCGCUUCACUCUCGGGCCAAUGGGCGCACACCAAUUCAACGAACCAAAGAACCAUGGAAUUUUCUUCAAUUGGUACGUAAUGGUUAUGAACAUAUGCAUUAUGUUAAGCUCCACGGCUAUUGUCUAUGUUCAAAACAACGUGAGUUGGGCUUGGGGAUUUGGGAUUUCAGCAGCAGCAAACAUAAUCGCUGUAUUGUUGUUCUUCCUUGGCACAAAAUUUUAUCGUCAGCUGAAGCCUCAGGGGAGCCCUUUUGCUGGUUUGGCUCAUGUUUUAGUCACAGCUUUUCGAAACAGAGGAACUCUGCUCUCUCAGAACCCGACAGAUUAUCACCAGGAGUCCAGGACCAUGAAAAUUACACCCCAACUUUGCCUAUCAAAUUUUUCAGGUAAUAGGUUCUUGAAUCGUGCAGCCCUGAAAACAGAGGGAGAUACAGAAGUUGUAUAUGGAUCUAAAAGGAAAUCAGGACAAGUUUGUACAGUUACAAAAGUAGAAGAUCUCAAAAGCCUAAUCAAAUUGCUUCCGCUUUUGGCAAGUGCAAUACUGUUUUGCGUUGCUUAUGUUAUCCAAACGAGUAUGGGAAUCCUCCAAGCUCUAACAAUGGAACGAAAUGUUGGACAUAAUUUCGAGAUUCCUGCCGCGACGAUUGUUGCCUUGUUAUUAGCAUCCUCUUGCAUCACCAUUCUCUUCGUAGAUCGAAUCUUGUUUCCAAUGUGGAAUAAGUUUUGUCGCCGCCAAAUCACCCCUUUACAACGGAUAGGAAUAGGCCAUUUAUUUUACAUCCUUAGCAUGGUAGUUUUAGCAUCGGUAGAGGCUAAAAGGCUAAAGAUUUCGCGGGUUCAUAACCCUCAAGAACAUGAAAACUCUGUUGAGCCAAUGUCAAUAUUUUUGUUGGUUCCACCGUUAGUUCUUACCGGAGUGGCAGAAGCAUUUCAUUUCCCCGGGCACAUUGAAUUUUAUUACCAAGAAUUUCCACAGAAUUUGAGGAACACUUCGUCUGCAAUGAUUUCUCUGUUCUAUGGCGUCGCUUAUUACAUAGCAAAUGCCCUGAUUCAUGUUGUUCGAAGAUCAACGGAUUGGUUGCCGGACAAUAUAAACAAAGGGAGACUAGACAACGUUUACUGGCUGAUGAGUGUAUUAGUAGGCCUCAAUUUCUGUUAUUAG